GGCGACAUCGCGACCGUCCUCGGAAUGAUCAGCGAUGGUGGGCUGGUGGUCGGCAGCGGGACCUGGGCACCAACACUUGGCUCCAACACGCGCACAGCAAUCGAGUUUCCUCCAUGCGGCACCCAUCUCCUGCGAUGGGGUCCAUCCAGGAAGGAGACUACGAUGCUGUGCUCACGCCCAAGCCAGCUGAGCAUGACAAUGCUGACGUGUUUCCAUCGUCUCCAAUGCACCAGAGCGGGAGUAUGGUCCCGUUGCUGCAACUGUUCCGGUUCGCCGACUCCAUCGACGUGGCGCUCAUGGUUGUGGGAGCCCUGUCGGCAUUUGCAACAGGGGCGGCGAUCCCGCUCCGCAUCCUCCUGUUCGGCAACGUCGUGUCGGCCCUGAACCCGACAGAGGGCAGCAAUUUGCUCGCCGAAGUCGCAUCCAUCUCGCUCAAGCUCGUGUGGAUGGGUCUCGGAGCAACCGUCACGGGGUUCCUUCAAGUCAUGUGCUGGUCCAUUACGGCGUCGCGGCAGUCCCAGCGCAUGCGGGAAGCGUACACUCGCGCGAUAUUGACCAAGGAAGUGGCGUGGUUUGAUAUGAACGACCCGGCCAGUCUUGCCACCAAAGUCGCCAGUACGUCGAUGCUGAUCCAAGAUGGUUUGGGGCGGCAAGUCGGCGACGCGUGCAACUUCUUUGCGAUGGCGGUGGCAGGUGUCGCGGUCGGUCUCGGCGCCGGAUGGAAGCUCGGGAUUGUUGUCCUUGCGUUUACGCCGUUGAUUGCAAUUGGCACGUACUUCAUGAUGAAAUCGAUGGCGAAGGCUGUUCAGGAGACCGUCGCGGCAUACGGGCAAGCUGGAUCGGUCGCGGAAGAGGCGCUGUCCAAUAUUCGCACGAUCCACACGUUCAAUGCAGUACCGGCGACGGCGGAAAAGUAUAACGUGGCGCUGGCUGCCGCCGAAGCGGCGGGCAUUCGGAAGGGGCUUGUUGCAGGCCUCGGGAAUGGGCUCGUGUAUUUCGUGCUGUUUCUCACGUAUGUCGUCGGUAUCUACUACGGAGCGAUCGUUGUCGCGAACGACAACAUUGUGAACCAGUGCAAAGGCCCUGGCUGCUACGACGGCGGGAAAGUCUUGACUGUCUUCUUUGGCAUCAUCACGGGCGCUGUCUCGAUGGGCCAAGCUGGCCCGUGCAUCGAAGCGAUCGUGUCGGCGCGGUCGGCGGCCUUUGAAGCGUACAAAAUCAUUGACGAGCCGUCCUUGAUCGAUCCAAUGUCGACCGAAGGCAUGACGCUCGACCACGUGGACGGCGCGAUUGAGCUAGACCAGGUCGUGUUUCAUUACCCCUCACGACCGCAAGUUCAAGUGUGCCAAGGGUACACGCUUCGCAUCGCGGCGGGCGAGAAGGUGGCGCUAGUCGGGCCUAGCGGUUCAGGGAAAAGCACAAUUGUAUCCCUGCUUGAACGCUUCUACGACCCCAUCGCGGGAGCCGUCACCCUCGACGGCGUGGAUCUCCGAGAGCUCAACGUGUCGUGGCUUCGCCAGCAAAUUGGACUCGUCGGCCAAGAGCCGUGUCUGUUUGCUGACUCGAUUGCGGCCAACAUCCGCCAUGGAAAGCCCGACGCGUCGAUGGAAGAAGUCGAGGCCGCCGCCAAGAUGGCCAAUGCGUACGACUUUAUCGUCACGUUUCCGCACGGGUUCAACACCGCCGUCGGGGAGCGCGGGGCGCAGCUCAGUGGCGGCCAAAAGCAGCGCAUUGCCAUUGCCCGCGCCAUCAUCAAGAAUCCGGCGGUGCUCUUGCUGGACGAGGCGACGAGCGCGCUGGACACUGAGAGCGAGCGCGUUGUCCAAGAGUCGCUCGAUCGAUUGGUGGCUGCCAGACAACGCACGACAAUCAUGAUUGCCCACAGGCUGUCGACCAUUCGCAACGCCGACCGCAUCGUCGUCCUCAAUCAUGGCAAAGUGAUUGAGCAGGGCCCGCACGAUGUCCUCAUGCAGCUUCCCCGUGGUCACUACAAGCGCCUCGUCGAUGCCCAAGUCCACGGUGUAUCCAUUGAUGCCGUCGAUUUGGACGUAGACGACGACAGUCCCAUGAUGCUUGACGCCGUCAACGUCGAUGUGUCCACGGCCGCCGUUGUUGCUGGUGGAAGGCCAUCGCCAACGUCGCGAUCGUCUAGGACAUCUCGGGCGUCCCGCCACUCGGUCAAAUCGUUGCUGGCCAAUCCACAGGAUGAUGGUUCUGCCGUCGACUCGAACGAUGACGCCGCCACCAAGCAAAUGGACGUAGACGAGUCGGUCUACGCCGUGCCGAUGCGGCGACUGUGGCACCUCAGCCAGCCCGAAUUCAAGUAUAUCUUGAGUGGGUCGAUCGGCGCCAUGAUCACGGGCGCGACGUUCCCGUUGUGGGGCGUCCUGUUGUCCAAAUCGAUCGCGCUCUUUUUCAAAUUUUCCCUCACAGCAGACGAAAUGAAGCAUGAAGGGCUCAUAUGGGCCAUGGCGUUUUUGGCCCUCGGCACGUUGUACUGUGCGGCGGCGAUUGUGCAAAAUUACAGCUUCUCGGUCGUGUCGGAGCGGAUGACGACGCGGCUACGGGGCCUCGGAUUUGCCGCCAUGCUUCGGCAAGACAUGGCAUGGCAUGACGUGAACCCGUCCGGCGUCCUCACGACCCGCCUUGCAACGGAGGCGACGCUCGUGCAAUCCAUGACGGCUGAAUUUCUGAAAAACACCCUCAGCACUCUCGUGAUGCUGUCGGUUGCGUUUGGGAUUUCGCUGUACUACAGCUGGCAGCUCGCGCUGACGAUGAUCGUGCUGUUCCCGAUGAUGGCGAUGGCAACGUCGCUGCGAUCGAAAGCGUUUUCAGGACCGCCGGCCAAGGCCGCCGCCCUUCAAGGGGACAUGUUGGCCGGCGCCCUUCUCGCGGAAUCGAUCAACGCCAUCCGCACGAUUGCCAGCUUUGGCAUGGAACAUGCUGUCAAGACCGCCGUCGCGGGGUACAUCCGCCAGUCCAAGGCGGAAGACGGCGCCCAGGCGCGGCGCCUCGGAGUCGUCUACGGCUUCUCCCAGGGCAUCAUGUUUUUCGCCGUGGCGUUUCUGUUUUGGUUUGGUGGGUGGCUCAUCGAACACACGUACAUCAACUUUGAAGCGAUGUUCAUGGUCGUCAUGGCGCUCAUGCUGAGCAGUUUUGGCAUCGGGACGGCGCUCCAGUCGCUCGCGAGUCAGGACAAGGCCAAGCGCGCGACCGGUCGGCUGUUUGAAACAAUGGAUCGAGUUCCUGCCAUCGAUUGCACGGCGACGGCAGGCGGUGCCACGCUGGACAAUGUCGCUGGGGUGCUCGAGUUUCGACACGUCCGGUUCGCAUACCCGAGCCGGCCGCACACUGCCGUGUACAAGGACUACUCCCUCACGAUCCCGAGCGGGUCCACCGUCGCGCUGGUGGGGGCGAGCGGGUCGGGCAAGUCGACUGCGAUCGGGUUGCUCGAACGGUUCUACGAUCCGGUGGAGGGAAGCAUCCUCCUGGACGGCAUCGACCUCCGCAGUUUGAAUCUGCACUGGCUCCGCGACCACAUUUCCCUCGUUGGUCAGGAGCCUGUCCUGUUUGCCGGGUCGAUUGCAGACAACAUCCGCACGGGCAAACCAAGCGCAACGUCGGAAGAAGUUGUGGCGGCCGCCAAGAUGGCCAACGCCCACGACUUCAUCCUGCGAUUCCCAAAUGGGUACGACACCCACGUCGGCGAUCGCGGCGUCCAAGUGUCUGGUGGGCAAAAACAGCGCGUUGCGAUUGCACGUGCCAUUCUGAGGGACCCAGCUGUCCUCCUCCUUGACGAAGCCACGAGUGCCCUCGACAACGAGAGCGAGCGCAUCGUCCAGCGCAGUCUCGACGCCCUCUUGACGCUCAAGAAGCGAACGACCAUCAUCGUCGCCCAUCGGCUGUCGACUAUCAGACAUGCAGAUCUCAUUGCCGUCUGCGCGGACGGCGGCAUCGUCGAGCUCGGCACGCACGACGACCUGAUCAAGCUGCCGAAUGGCGUGUACCAGACCCUUGUGUCGAGGCAGGUCGCGGCGACCGCAGCAACAAGCAAUGAAAAGAAAUAAAGCAUGAUAUGUACCUGCAAACGACGCGUAGGAAGUACACUCUGAAGGCGCAGAGGGUAGUCACUACCUGCCCUUACGAGAUAUUAUUCCAUCCAGCAUGACCACUUGUGGCUGGUGAGGCUGGCGGCACUGCAUGCGAGGAACAUUCUUGUCGACUGACGAUGCAUGUGCCACACGAGUGGGAACGUGGCGGUGUGCACAUGGAGAGCUUGAGCGGGUCGUGCGAUGUGUGCGUCAGCAUAAUGGAGCAACCAAAUCGUCCACCGAGUAGAUCGGUUCUUCGAUUGUACGUCCCAUCUUCAUCACUGGCCAGAAGAGCGUGGCCGAGCCUGCCCAAC